AUGAAUCAAAAUAAACGUGGAAAAACACGGAGUUUUCGCAAGAAAGAUUCAGACGAUGAAGAUAUUUCAGUUUCCACUCCAGUGGCCGAUGGCCAAGUUCCACAACAAGAAUUACCUGCGAAUUCUACUAAUACAAGUAGUAUUCCCCAUUUGGGACAAACGACAAAAUUGCACAAGAAAAAAGCAAAGGUUAAUAAGCCAAAACUAGCACUGAGUUUUGAAGAGGAGGAAGAAACUGAAGUUUUCAAACUCACUAAAAGUGUGGCAAGCCGUAAAAUGGCACAAAAGAAAUCAAAAACUAUUUAUUUGGAUCAGUUGAAUUCACUUCCGCAAAAUUUGGCUCAAGCAACGAUUUCAUCUUCAUCGAUUUCAUACACAAAAGAGAUCUUGUCAGAAUUACGAGCGAAUUUUUCAUCAAAAAUACCUGACGCAAAUGCUAUUCACGCAGCAAAGAAAAAAAGAGAGAUGCUAAGACAGAGAGGAGCAACAGUAGAAGCAGCCCCUGAGUAUAUUUCUUUGUCCGAGGAAACUGACGUAGUCCCGUCGUCAAGUAAAAAAAAUCCUGAGUCAAGAUUAGUACGUGAAGAGGAUGAAAUUGGCGACACUGAUGAAGAAUUAGAACAAUACGUGGAUGAGAAAGUUGCGUUAAGUAAAAAGGCAAAAAAAGAAGAACGGUUAAAGAAAAAAGCUGGGAUUAAACAAAUGAUUAUAGAUGCAGAAGGCGAAGAAGACGAAGAAUUAUUGCAAUGGGAAAAUGAAGCCAUCAAAAAGGGAGCGAAUUUGGCUUCUAGAUCUUCGACUAGACCAAUCAAGAAACCAAAACCAUUAACGACUGCAUCAAUACCGAUCAAUCUUCCGAUACCAAGUUUUUUAGAAGUCGAGUCGAGACUUACACAAGAAUUGGAUAAUUUACGAGACUUGUACAAAAAUCAUCAAAUGGAAUUAAUGCAGCUCAAGCGAGAUUUCCAUGAUAAUGUGGAAACCAGUGAAAAUUAUGUAUCUGAAUUGCAGCGAGCAAAAAAGCAAUAUACUUAUUUCCAGGAGCUUAAAACAUUUAUUGAAGAUUUGGUAGAGUUCUUAGAUACAAAGUUUUCUAUUCUAGAAGAAAAUGAAGAAGCUUUUCUUUCCUGCUUAUUUGAAGCGACAGAUAUAAUAAUAAAGAGACGGUUGCAAGAGGAUUCUGAUGAUCUAGCAUUUCUCUUUGGAAAAACCGAUGACACGCAAAUAUAUCGGCAACAAGUACGUGAGAUUAGAAAACGGACACUCGUAAAAAAUAUGAGUAUAGAGGAAGAAGAGGGUUUAUCUACGGAUGACGAACUUUUAGAAACCGAAAAAAACGAAAUCCUAUCCAAAAUUGGAUUAAUCUCUGAACAGCAUACAGAACUAUUUAAUGAUGUGAGAGAAGAGUUCAAAUCAAUUUCUUUAAUAAAGUCAAAAUUUGAAGAAUGGAAAUCGGAGUAUCGUGAAGAAUACCUUAAAGCUUACGGGGGAUUAAGCUUGCCUGGCGUUUUUGAAUUUUAUAUAAGAUAUGAAUUACUUUUAUGGGAUCCAUUUAAGGCACAGUAUACUUUCCAUUAA